UUGUAAGUACGUCAUCGAAACAUAACCAAAAAUGGAAUUUGUAGAUUUAAUCGAUUCACACCAAGUUUUAACAGAUAUAAUCGACAACAGCGGGUUAACCGAGAGCGAAUCCAUCCUAGAAUACCUUAAACAAAUUAAAUACCCCGCCGUAACCGACUUUAAACCAGGCUUAGAAUGGUUCAACACUUCCGAACCUUUAUCAUUCAUACAUCAAUUAAAAGGAAAGGUUGUUUUACUCGACUUUUUCACCUAUUGUUGUAUUAAUUGCAUGCAUAUUUUACCUGGAUUAAGGAAAAUCGAGGAAAAGUUUGGAAUUGAAGAUGGUUUAGUUGUUAUUGGAGUACAUAGUGCUAAAUUUUCCAAUGAGAAGCACUCAAAAAACGUAUUAUCCGCCAUCCAAAGAUAUAAUAUUACACAUCCAGUUGUUAACGACCCUUUUAUGGAUAUGUGGAACAAAUGUAAUAUUAUUUGUUGGCCUACAUUGCUUUUAAUUGACCCAAAAGGACGUCCGUUAAUUAUGUUUAUGGGCGAAACUCAUUUAGAUCAACUGGAACGAUUCAUUAGCAUCACUUUAGAUUUUUUUAAAUCGAAAAAUGAAAUUGUAAAUUUAUCUUUGCCGAUUUCACCUGAUUUCCGUAUUAAAUCAUCCUUAAAUACUUUAAUGUUCCCAGGAAAAGUUACUCACUUUAUUGACGAUGACAAAAAUGAAAUUAUUGCUAUCUCUGAUUCAGGAAAUCAUAGAAUAAUUAUUUUAAAGCAAAAUGGGGAAAUUAAUACGAUUGUUGGUGGUUUAAAAGGAUUUAAAGAUGGUGGAUUUGACGAGGCGUGUUUUAAUUCUCCUCAAGGUUUGGUGUUUAAAGACGCCAACACUUUAUAUGUUGCUGAUACAGAAAAUCAUGCAAUAAGAAGAAUAGAUUUAAUUUUAAAAAUUGUUGAAACUAUUGCCGGUGAUGGUCAACAAGGUGACGAUAAAAUUGGCGGAAAAUUUGGGAAACAACAACGAUUAUCUUCCCCAUGGGAUAUAGCUUUAUUCAAAACCCAUGAUUUAAACAACCAAGUGGAAAAUAAAGCGUUAAAAAAUGUUUUAAUUAUUGCUAUGGCGGGAACUCAUCAAAUUUGGGCGUAUUUCCUUGAUGAUAUUGUCUGGUGGAAAUCAAAAGUGCAUAAAAAAGAUUGUUGUGUUGCUAUUGCUGGUAGCGGAAAAGAAGAAAACAGAAACAAUCAAUAUCCUCAUAACGCAGCGUUUGCACAACCAUCCGGUUUAGCUUUAAGUCAGAAAAAUAAAGCUGUUUUUAUCGCUGACAGCGAAAGCUCUACAAUUAGGAAGUUAUCUUUGUUAGAUGGGAAAGUUUCGGGUAUUGUUGGAGGUGAAAAAGAUCCAAAUAAUUUAUUUGCUUUUGGUGAUAUCGAUGGAACAUCAACCAAUGCUAAACUCCAACACUCUCUAGGCGUAGCCCUGUCGCAAGACGAAUCAUUUUUAUUUAUUGCAGAUACUUAUAAUCACAAAAUUAAGAAAUUGGAUGUAUCUAAAAACUCAGUAAUAUCUUUAUCAGGUCCGAAAACAGUGGAUACAAUUGAUGGUGGCUUAAAUUCGUUUAAUGAACCAUCUGGGUUAUGUGUUAUUGAUGGUAAACUUCUUGUCGCCGAUACAAACAAUCAUUGUGUUAAAUUGAUUGAAUUAGAUGAAAGAAACGGAAAUAUAAAAGAGGUAAAGUUGUUGCACCUAAAAUUAGAUACAAAAAAGUAUUUAGAUGAAACGAAGUAUGUUAUUUUAACACCGGAAACGAUUAUUUGUCAUGUAAGUGGUUGUAAACUUAGUUUAAAAGUUAAUUUAAGUUUUGCAAAUGGGUUUAAAUUAAAUAAAGAUGCUCCGCAAAGGUGGUUUAUUAACGGUUUAGAUAAAACAUGGUCUGGGGACAAUGUUGAAAAUGUAGAUGUUACGUUAGAUUUAAGCCAAUCCAAUCUUAUUGAAAAUAAUAUUAAAUCUAUAGAUGUUGUUUUUAACGUUUUUAUAUGUACGGAUGAUACAUGUCUUCCAAGAAACUUUUUAACCCGGUUUUUACUGCAUUUUGAGGAUAAUGGUGGUACUGAAAUAAAGCGUGUAGCUAAGGUAUUAAUAAGUAAUAAAGAAAUUAAGCUUGUGUAACUCAUUUUUAUACUAAUAUUUAUUUUAAUAAAUACUUAUUUAAAUAAA